UUGUACUAAUAAUGUCUUGCCAGGUGGCAAGCUGUUAUGGCAGUGAAUUGGUUGGAGAAUGCACGGGAAAUUUGAUAUGAUUCCCUUCUAACUCUGCAAACCAGCAGCUUCAAACAUACAUAGGUGUUGUGCUUGCUGUGGUUGGGGGUUGCUGGCCUGGACUCUUCCAGUUAAUUGAUUUAGCGCCAUCCUCAUGGUGACGAUGGAUUUCGGUAAAAAAACCUGCUGCCUGAGAUCAAUUUGAUGUGGGUACGUCGUAUGUACACAAGAAGCAACACAUUUUUUUACCCCUUUUGGCUACUUUUAAGAUUAAACUUUGGUGCAUCUACACACUGCUUUAAAAUGGAAAGCAUGUGAACAGUGAGUUGCUUUAACUCCAUGCAUAUAAAAAAAGCUGAUAUAUUUCCCAACCAAAGACAGAAAGAUCUGGAGGAGUACUGGCAUGGAAAUUGUAUGUACGGACUCCACAUCUUCUCUUCUUUACAGAUUUCAGUAUUAAAUUAUUCAUAAUCAAUUCUUUUCUUUGCCCAAUCCCGGCUGUGGGGAUUAUAUUAUAUAUAUAUAGAAUUAAUAGAGAUGAUGUUAGAUCAAUUAUAGAUAGACAGGAUGUGGUAUAAUAAUUGUGAGGAGAAGGCUAGAAUGAAGGUGAAGGGUUUGAUGGGAAAGAUGAAGAGAUUGCCAGGAAAUACAUGGGGGACUUUGUGGAAUCCUGGGAGGGAAGACCCACGUCGACUCAUUCAUGCCUUGAAGGUUGGACUGUCUUUGACAUUAGUCUCUCUUCUCUAUCUGAUUGAGCCUUUGUACAAGACCGUAGGUCAGAACGCUGUUUGGGCUGUCAUGACUGUCGUCGUCGUCUUAGAGUUCACUGCGGGGGCAACAUUGUGUAAAGGGCUGAAUAGAGGACUAGGGACACUUCUAGCAGGUUCACUAGCAUUCGGGAUUGAGUAUGUUGCUCAAGAAUCUGGACAUGUUUUCCGGGCUAUGUUCAUCGGAGGUGCUGUUUUUCUAAUAGGUUUUGCAUCUACUUAUAUUAGGUUUAUACCUUAUAUUAAGAAGAACUAUGACUAUGGAGUAGUGAUAUUCCUUCUAACGUUCAACUUGAUUACUGUUUCAAGCUAUCGUGUUGACAAUGUCCUAAAGCUAGCCCAUCAGAGGUCUUUAACCAUUGCCAUGGGCUGCGGAAUCUGUCUCCUUAUGUGUCUCCUCUUUUUCCCUAACUGGUCCGGUGAAGACCUUCAUAACAACACUGUCUUCAAGCUUCAAGGCUUAGCCAAAUCUAUUCAAGCAUGUGUUAAUGAAUACUUCAAUGAGGACGAAAAAGAAGAAAGGCAGGACAAAUCAUUAUCCGAAGAUCCUAUUUACAAAGGAUACAAGUCUGUUCUUGACUCGAAAUCCAUCGACGAGACACUGGCUGUUCAUGCGAGCUGGGAGCCAAGACACUCAAGACACUGCAGGUUUCCAUGGCAGCAGUACGUUAAAUUAGGAGACACCCUUCGUCAUUUCGGAUACACUCUCGUUGCUUUACAUGGAUGUCUUCAAACUGAGAUUCAAACUCCAAAAUCAAUCCGCGCCAUGUUCAAGGACCCAUGCACACGUUUAGCGGCUGAAGUGUCUCAGGCUUUGAGCGAUCUGGCAGACAGCAUAAGACGCCGCCGUCAUCUCUCCCCUGGAAUCCUCUCCGACCAUCUCCACCAGUCCCUCCACGAUCUCAACGUGGCCAUAAAGUCCCAGCCCAAGCUCUUCCUCGGCCCAUUCAACAAGAGCUUCGGCUCCAACAAGAAACCAACAGCUCCCCAUUCGGGGCCGUUACUGCUUUCCAGCGUGAAGACUGACACUUCAGCACUAAUGGAGUGGCGGAACAGGAGGGCGGUUUCAGGGGAGGGCUGCAAGACCACUCUGAGACCGACAUUGAGCAAGAUGUCGAUCACGAGCCUCGAGUUUUCGGAGGCUUUGCCAUUUGCAGCGUUUGCUUCAUUGUUGGUGGAGGCGGUGGCAAGGCUGGACUUGAUUAUUGAAGAGGUGGAGGAUCUGGCUAGGGUUGCUAACUUUAAGGAGUAUGUUCCGCCGGCAUUAGAGGUGGAUGAUCCUGAGAAAAUUGUUGUGACUUGUGAAAAGGGUAAAGAAGAUAAGAGGGCUAUGCAGAUUGAGAGUAAUUUGCCUUCCCAUGGAACUGAAUAGUGAUCAUCCUAUUAUGGAUUCAUGAUGUCUAUUUUUGCAUCAACAAAAUAUUAAUAACUAAAUGAUGGCAGUUGAUGUUUAAUUAAUUAUUAUUAAUUUUCUUUUCAAAAUUA